AUGCCUGACGAGUUCCUCGCUAGCAACCCCCCCCCGCUCUGGAUCACUCUCUACCACGUUGUCACCCGCCUCCCUGACUCUCUGCGCCCUGUCAGGGACCAGUUCCUCUCUCGCUCCCCCACUGAGCUCACCGUAGACCUCCUCGAGAAGGAACUGCUUGCAGCCGAGGCUAGUAUCGUCGCUGUAGGCACCUCUCGUGGCGACCCCCGCGGCCCCUUCUUCGAGGGGUGCUCCCCUUCCCCCCUCCUCCCCUCUGUCGCCUCUGCUGCUGCUGUCGACCUCCUUGGUGCUGAGAAGGUCGGGGCUGCGUCUGCUUCAGGCGGACGACGCAGGGGCAGGAGUGGCAGGAGUGGGGGUGGUGGCGGAGGAGGCGGGGGUGGAGGUGGUGGCGGUGGAGGUGCGACUGGAGAGGCUAGUGGCGGCAGUGGUGGAGGUGACAGCGGCGUUGGGAGUGGUGACAGGGGCGGAGGUGGCAGCGGAGGCGGAGGUGGUCGUGGCAGCGGCAGGGGUGGAGGUGGCCGGGGCGGAGGCGGCGGGGGUGGUGGUCGUGGAGGCCCGGGGGGCGGUCAGAGUCAGCAGCCUGCCCCGACCCUUCAGGCCGCCCGUGAGUGGUAUGCGCGGCGCAGCGUCACCUGCCAGUACGUUAUUCGUACAGGUGACCGCACUGGCCAGACGUGUGGGGGGCCGCACCAGACGGAGCGCUGCUUCGCCCGCCUCAACGAUGCGUGGCGCACCCAGUUUCCUGGUGGGGGUGAGCUGCCGCGCUGGGCUGAGCUGCUCAGGAAGGGUGUUGAUAUUUGGGCACUAGACUUUGAUGCUAUUCUCACUGCCAUGUAUGCGAUGUCUAUUAGUGGAGAGGGUGCUCAGUACUUGCGUGUUCCGCCCGACCCGGGCAUUCAGGCCAGCCCCGCUGCUGCUCUAGGUGCUAGUGUGUCUGCUUCCACAGGUACUACUGCAGCUGCUGCUCUAGGUGCUUGUGCGUCUGUGCCCCCUGGUACUGAGUCGACUGCAGCACUGCACACCUUCACACUGGACUCAGGUGCUUCUCGCUCUUUCUUUCGUGACCGCACUGUCCUUGAGCCUCUAGCUCGGCCGGUUGCUGUCUCUCUUGCUGACCCCUCUGGGGGUCCGGUCCUUGCGACCUCCUCCACCACCCUUCCGUGUCCAGCGGUUCCGUCCGGCACGCUCUCAGGUCUCUACCUCCCCUCGUUCUCCACGAACUUGGUGGCAGGUAGUGCGCUCCAGGACGGGGGUGUUCACCAGUUCACCCCUGCCUACGAGCGUGUGACUCACUGCACGUGUGCUCGGACGGGCCGCCACCUAGCUACUUUCACUCGAGAGCCGGGGUCUGACCUGUACACACUGACCACUGAGUCCCCUCAGGUAGCUGCGUCUGCGUCAGCGUCAGGUCAGCUGUCCGCCCCCUGCUCGUGUCGCUCUCUGGCGAACGACACCGUCCUCUGGCACCACCGCCUUGGUCACCCGUCUGUGCAGCGCCUGCGGGCCAUGCACAAACGGGACCUUGUUGCUGGUCUUCCCAGGGUGCUCCCUCCCCUUCCUGACUCCCCUGCUCCUGACUGCAUUCCCUGUGUCGAGGGGCGGCAGCGCGCCGCUCCUCACUCCUCCUCCUUUCCCCCGACGACCGCUCCCCUGCAGACGCUCCACAUGGACGUGUGGGGCCCAGCCCGCGUCCGUGGUCAGGGUCAGGAGAGGUACUUCCUGAUAGUUGUUGACGACUACUCGCGCUACACCACGGUCUUCCCCUUGCGCGCCAAGGGUGACGUCCCUGGUGUUUUGAUCCCCUGGAUCAGCCGAGCCCGUCUCCAGCUAGGCGAGCGCUUUCACUCGGACUUUCCUGUCCUGCGCUUGCACUCUGACAGAGGUGGUGAGUUUGCCUCCGACCUCUUGGCAGCCUACUGUGCUGAGCACGGCAUUGAGCAGUCGUACACGCUUCCGGCCUCUCCACAGCAGAAUGGGGUCGCUGAGCGCCGCAUUGGCUUGGUCAUGGAGGUCGCUCGUACCUCCCUGACCCAUGCGGCUGCUCCCCACUUUCUGUGGCCGUUUGCGGUCCGGUACGCAGCGCAUCAGCUCAACCUCUGGCCCCGUGUCUCCUUGCCGGAGACUUCCCCGACUCUACGGUGGACGGGAGAGGUUGGCGAUGCGUCGCGUUUCCGGGUCUGGGGAUCUCGAGCUUUUGUCCGCGACACGUCCGCGGACAAGCUCUCGCGUCGCGCUGUUCCCUGUGUCUUUCUUGGCUUUGUUCCCGACGCGCCUGGAUGGCAGUUUUACCACGUCACCUCGCGCCGGGUUCUGGCCUCUCAGGACGUCACUUUUGACGAGUCCGUCCCCUUCUACCGCCUCUUCCCCUACCGCACUGCCCCGCUCCCCCCCCCGCCUCUCUUCCUCGCUCCAGGUGCUGAGGUACCAGACCCCCUCCCCCCUCAGGGUGCCGCUCCCUCAGGUGUGUCCCAGGUAGACCCGGGUGAGCCUGUCGAGGUAGCUGUUGACUCGCGUCCUGCGUCUGGGGGUGCUGAGCCUGGGAGUGCUGCGUCUGAGGGUGCGGAGCCUGGGGGUGCUGAGCCUGGAGGUGCGGAGCCUGGGGGUGCUGAGCCUGGAGGUGCGGAGCCUGGAGGUGCGGAGCCUGGAGGUGCGGAGCCUGAGGGUACUGAGCCUGGACGUGCUGAGACUGGGGGUGCUGAGUCUGGGGGUGCUGAGUCUGGGGGUGCUGAGCCUGAGCGUGCUCCACCUGGAGGAGCCCUCUCCUCCCAGCAGCUGCAGGAGAGGUACCUCGAGUACUGCCGCCUCCGGAGAGGUGCUUCUGGAGCUCGUCCCGGUACUUCCCCUCCUACCCAGGAGCUCCCCCCCAUUCAGGUGAUCCGCGAGUGGUACACGCGGCGCUGCAGUCUUCGUAGUGGUGCUCCUGGUGCUGCGGACCCGAGCGGUGGUGUUGUUGCUGGUGCUGAGGACCCGGACGCUGGAGCUGCUGCUGGUGCUGAGGACCCGGGUGUUGGAGCUGCUGCUGGUGCUGAGGACCCGACCGGUGACGCUGCUGCUGGUGCUGAGGACCUGACCAGUGGCCCUGCUGCUGGUGCUGAGGACCCGGGCGUUGGAGCUACUGCUGGUGCUGAGGACCCGACCGGUGGUGCUGCUGCUGGUGCUGAGGACCCGGGGGCUGGAGCUGCUGCUGGUACUGAGGACUCGGGCGUUGGGGCUGCCACUGGUGUCCCUGCUGCUUCUGGAGACGCUACGCGGCCGCGACCGUACUUCGUACCGCUCCUUCAGCAGGUUCUUGGUCAGGCUCCUCCUCCUAGUCCUCCUCCCUCAGUCGAGUGUCCUCUGCCUGUCCAGCCGCAGUCACAGUUACCGCCUGCCUCGCCUCUCCCUGCUCCCUCCCCUUACGCUGGUCCCACAAGAGGUCUUACAGAGCGUCGUGAGCCUGAGUCUCGUCCUGCGUCGCCUGUUCGUACUGCUCGCACUGGUCGUCGUGUCCCACGUGAGCGUCCUCCUCCUGUCCCUGGCACUCACUACAUGACUCUGCGUCCCUCCACUGCUCCGCAGCGUGUCCCGCUGCCGUCUCCUCCUGCGUCCUCUCUUCCUACUCUUCCUGACCCGGAGUCUGACUCCCGUCGUGCUGCCAGUCCCACUGUUACGCGUCUCCUCGCUACAGUUGUCACUGACCCGACCUUUGAGUCCUCUGCUGCGUCUGCUCUGGUCGCUGAGUUGGUUGACUUUGCUGCUCGCUGUCGCCUAGACUACGCUGCCAGCCUUGUCGCUAGACAGGAGGAGUUCCACUGCCUUGCUGCUGCUUUGCCCCAUCUCGUGUCCUUGCUAGUUGCCCCUGAGGGAGACCCGGAUGCACCAGACAUCCCGACCCCACGCUCUUACGCUGAGGCGAUGGCGGGUCCCUACUCCUCUCAGUGGCAGACAGCCAUGGACGCAGAGAUGGCCUCCUGGAAGUCCACAGGCACCUACGUAGACGAGGUUCCCCCUCCUGGGGCGAACAUCGUCAGUGGCAUGUGGAUUUUCAGGGUGAAGCGGCCGCCGGGUUCUCCACCUGUCUUCAAGGCGCGCUACGUGGCUCGAGGCUUCAGUCAGCGAGAGGGAGUAGACUUCUUUCAGACCUUCUCCCCCACCCCGAAGAUGACUACUCUUCGGGUGCUACUGCACAUAGCCGCUCACCGCGACUACGAGCUUCACUCUCUUGACUUCAGCACUGCUUUCUUGCAGGGCAGCCUGCACGAGGAGAUCUGGCUGCGCCGCCCUCCUGGCUUCACUGGGUCAGUUCCUCCUGGCACCCAGUGGAGGCUUCAGCGGCCGGUCUACGGUCUCCGCCAGGCGCCACGUGAGUGGCACGACACACUGAGGACGACACUUGCGGCUCUUGGGUUCGCUCCCUCUACUGCUGACCCGUCACUGUUUCUACGCACCGACACCUCGCUGCCGCCGUUCUACAUCCUCGUGUACGUCGACGACUUGGUCUUUGCCACUGCUGACACCGCGGCACUCGCUCACGUGAAGUCGGAGCUGCAGAGGAGACACACGUGCACAGACCUGGGUGAGCUGACGAGCUAUCUUGGCUUGCGGAUCACCCGGGACAGAGCACGGCGCACCAUCACCCUGACUCAGUCACACAUGGUGCAGCAGGUUCUCCAGCGCUUCCGCUUCACGUACUCCUCGCCUCAGUCCACUCCUCUGCCUACCGGUCACUCGCUCUCAGCUCUGCCUUCGGAUGAGUCCGUAGAGCCGAGUGGCCCGUAUCCAGAGCUUGUGGGCUGCCUCAUGUACCUGAUGACCUGCACUCGACCUGACCUUGCAUACCCUCUUAGCAUCCUAGCACGCUAUGUCGCUCCUGGCCGUCACCGGAAGGAGCACAUGGAUGCUGCUAAGAGGGUGUUGCGCUACUUGUGCAGUACGUCGGGCAUGGGGCUUGUGCUUGGAGGGCGAGACCGGGUUGUUCUCACAGGGCACUCAGACGCUUCUUGGGCAGACGACCAGGCUACUCAGCGGUCGUCCCAGGGUUACACCUUCAGCCUUGGCUCUGGCUCAGUUUCUUGGCGUUCUACUCGCUCUUCUUCUGUUCUCAGCUCCAGUUGUGAGGCUGAGAUCUACGCCACAGCCAUGGCUGCUCAGGAGCUACGCUGGCUGACCUACCUGCUGACCGACCUUGGAGAGCGGCCUCGUUCUCCUCCAGUGCUGUACGUCGACAACCAGGCUGCCAUUGCCUUGUGUGAGGAGCACAGACUGGAGCACAGAACGAAGCACAUCGCUCUGCGGUACUUCCUUGCUCGAGAGCUGCAGCAGCGUGGUCAGCUUUGUCUGCGUUACGUGGCCACGGAGGCCAACACUGCUGAUGUGUUCACCAAGGCGCUUCAGCCUUGUGACCAUCAGCGCUUUUGCACUCUGCUAGGCCUUGUACCUACUGGGCCUCACUUGCUUACCUCUUGA